UGCAAGCUUUCGUCCUCUGGUCCUUGUGCUUCAUUGACUGUUAAAUAAUGAGACCACCGUCCAGGAGGAAGAAAGUUUUGCUUACCAUGAAAAUGAUGAUGUUGGUGCUAAUGUUGAAGAGAAGGCGACGUCAGUACCAGCGGCAACCGCGACGAUGGUGGGUGCGGCCCGUGUUUGCAGCACUCAAGCAAGAAGGACUUUACUACACAGCAAUGCGCCGUAUGCGUGAAGGCGACCACGGCUUCUUCUUCAAGUUUUACCGUAUGACGCCUCAGAUGUUUGACACAUUGUUGGCAUUUGUUGUAACGGACCUCACUUCUCAGAACUUCAUAAGGGAACCCUUGGAGCCUGCUGAACGGCUGGCAAUAGCAUUGAGUUACCUGGCAUCAGGCCAAGAUAUCUGUCAUGUUGCGCUUGCAUAUCGCGUUGGCAUUGAAACUGCACGAAUGUGCAUACGUGUCACAUGUCGGUCCCUCUGGGCACGACUGAAGGAUCACUAUAUAAAGGUAAGGUGA